AUGCGCGUCCUCCGCCCGCUUCGACGCCACGUCUCGACGACGCCCGCGGCCUUCCGACGGCUGCAACUACCUACCGACACAUACGGCGAUCUCCUCUCUGCGCUCGCACCGGUCUCCGUGACGCCAGCGCAGCAGCCGCUCCUCUGUCUCCCGUCUCUCUUCGGCUCUGUCGCUCGCGAUUUCCGUCGGCAAUUGGCCGAUCAACAGCUCGCGCGCUCGUGGGCGCUCUACGGACUGGACCUGCGUCUUGCUACUGCAGAUCAAGACUCUCGAUGGGGCAGACGAGGCAUUGAGCGUGACGCGGAGGACGUGAUGCGCGCGGCUGAUGCGCUGGAGCUCGAGACGUUUUCGCUGCUGGGCGCGAGUCACGGCGCGAAUGUGAGCGCCGUAGUGGCGGCAAAAUACCCGGAACGAGUGGCGCGACUCGUGCUGGUGAACGGCAAUGCUUUUGUCAGUGAUGAAGACUUGGAGGACUUGGAAGAGCACAGUGAUGUCCAGUCGUGGGAUCGAGAGAUGCGGGAGACGGCGGAACAAAAGUGUGGAGCUGACGACGUGCAGGAGAAAUGGACCCACAUGGUGGAGGCGCUGCGUCAGGUGGAACGUGACGAUGGUGGCGAUCUGUACUGCGGUCACCUGCCGCAUAUCAAGUGCAAGACGCUUGUCGUCGGUGGCGGACAAGACAAGUUCGUGCCGCUGUUCCAUAGCGAGUACUUGAGUGAGCGCAUCAUGCACUCUCGACUGGAGAUCGUACCGGAAGGUGGCAACGACCUCGUGCUGUCGAAAGCCGAGGACUUUAACAAGUUGCUAGAGACCUUUUUGCAGGAACCCGACGACAAGCACACGCAGAGCAGGGAGUUUGUGGCUGUGCCGUCGAAGAUGGCAACGUAA